AUUAAAAUGACACAGUAUGUUUUGAUUUUUAAGGAAUGUUAGUUCGAGGAUUUCUCAGCCGUGCUCUUUCCCCUCGUGAGUUCUAGGUCGAAGAACGGUGCGAUUUUCUGAUAAUGAAUUGAACGUUUCACAAAUUUUUCGUUUAUUUUACAUAUUACAACUUCCCUUAAAUUUCCCCAAUUUUGCUAUUGUUGGGCGCAUAUCAAGUAAGUAAAACUGAGUACGUUUCGACAACGUAGGUCCUAUUUGUUUUUCAUUUCGUUUUUCAGAAGAUUUGUUAAAAGAAAAUAUAAUGAAAAUUCAAACCGUUCAAUUUUGCUGAACGAACCUGGGUAUGUUAUAUUACAAGAUGGAACGACGACCUCAAGCUAGCGAUGUCUUCGUCUGUGGUGACUUUGCUUGAUUAAAAAACGAUUUCACUUCCAAAAGUUGUGUCGUCUAGUCAAACAAUAAUAUAAACAAAACCAAUAAAUAUAAUAAUUUCUACACAAACUGAUUAUUGAUAAUGAUCUGAUAAAUAGACUCUUGAAAAAAAAUUGCAGCAACGUCCGAUAAAAAUGGUUUUUUGUUCUCUUGUUCCUAAUAAAAGAUCGCUGUGGGAAUAAUUACAUUAUUAUAAAUAUAAGUUCUGGCAAACAUGAAGACUAUCUACUUUAUAACUUCUAUUAUCCUUGCAUUUCAUUUAAGAAUUGCAUUUGCGACCAAUACCAUUGAUGAUAAACUACCCAACUUUCACAUGGAUGAUGAAUUGUCUGCGGAAGAGAUAGAAAACUUGAAAGAAUUAGUGAAUAGAGAGUUUAAACUUCAAGAUUUAUCAAAAGUACAAACGCCGAGUGAAGAUGUCACGCUAAACGAUUUUAUAGAUAAACUUCUUGCAAAUGUGAGACGAUUGAUUGUGGAUGACGGACUUGAUUGUACUUCUUUGCCGGAUUUUGCAGUAAACAUUGGAAUCGGAGAAACAAAAUUAACUGAGGGACAACUAAACGAUACUUCCACAAUUGAGAGAAGAGGCAAUACUGUACUCAGUUACAAUAGCGACAUGAAAAGGUUAUCAUUAAAAAUGACUCUUGGAUUUCAGGAUUUAAAGUUUAUUUUUAAAUAUUAUACCAAAGUAACUCUAUUCAGUAUAACUGGAAACCUCCACGGAGCCAUCAAAGACAUUCACAUUAAUGUUCAAAUAGGAUUUGAUUUUAAUACUGAGCUUGUUUAUGUGGAUUACAUUGAUUUUCAAAAUACUGGGUGUGUAUUACUAAUAUAA